GCUAGGGACUGCAGUUACGGAUCAUGGCUUCUCCGGUACCCGGGAUUAUUAUCAUCGCUGCAUCUGUCAGUAGAAAAGAGUUCUAGAAACUGAGAAAUCAUGGCGGAGAGGUCACCGCUUCCCACUGACAGAGGAAGUGUAGACAACAUAUUUACCCCCCUGAAUGAAGAGAAUCUUGAUACAGGCCCAAGAACACUUCGACAUUCUGGCAGGCUGGAAUGGGUGGAGAUUAUUGAGCCUCGAACCCGGGAACACAUGUAUGCCAACCUUAUAACAGGGGAAUGCGUGUGGGAUCCACCAUCUGGGGUGAAAAUCAAGCGUACAAAUGAAAACCAGUGGUGGGAGCUGUUUGAUCCAAACACGUCACGAUUUUAUUAUUACAAUGCUACUACACAAAGAACUGUAUGGCAUCGGCCGCAGAACUGUGACAUCAUUCCACUGGCCAAACUGCAGACCCUGAAGCAGAACACAGAGUCGCCUAGGGCUUCAGCAGAAAACAGCCCUGGCCGGAGCAGCAAUAUCAGUCGAGAAGGAAGCACCAGCUCAUCCCUAGAUCAGGAACUGGAGAGCAGCGAAAAGGAACAGAUGAGAUCCAACCGACAGGCAAGCAUUCAUUCCAUGGGAAAAGAAGAAGCAGAAAGGGCAUCACCUGUUCGGUGGAAUACAGGCACCAAAGAAAGAAUGCUUAUCAAGGUUACUGACCGAGAGCCCAGCUAUCUUUUACAUCAAGGAAAUGGCUUUACUCCAGAUAACCAGCAAGGCACUCGUCCCCGCAGGCUUUCUGGCAAUCAGCAGUCUCCACUCAUGCAGAAUUUUGCUUUGGACACUGACAAUGUGAUAAUUUACACGGAAAGAAAAUCACCAUUCUUGAAACGAGCAGAACUCACAGGACCUUGCUCCCCUAUGGUCUCAAGGGGAGACAGUUUUCAUUCACCUAUUCAAUCUCAACACAGAAAGCAUUCUAAUGAAUCUCAGCCAUCAUCACCACGGUAUGCAUAUGAGCCUCCCUUGUAUGAAGAACCUCCCAUGGAAUACCAGGCACCCAUCUAUGAUGAACCACCAAUGGAGAUGCAGUGCGAUGCUUCUGGGAAUUAUAGGGUUGGCUCUCCGCAAAAAUCACCAGGUCGCAAGCCUCAACAAUUCCUUUAUUCUCCAAAACAGGGACAAAAUUCUCCAUAUCAACAACUUAUCCUGACUAAACAAAAAUGUCCAGAUAAAUUUAUGAGUCUAGACUACAGUCCAGCAGGCAAAGAAUAUGUUAGGCAGCUGGUUUAUGUUGAACAGUCAGGUUCAAGCCCCAAACUCAAAACAGUCUCUAAACAUAGGUACUCACCAAACCCAAGUGGUGGCUCAUACUCAUUGCAGCAUAGUCAAUCACUGAUAAGGGAACAACGUCUUGAAAUUAGGUCAGGUGACUAUAGCAGCAUGGAGGGAUCAGAUAUGCAGUAUAGUCAUGCAUGUGGACAGAUGUCUCAUGAGGAUUCAAUGUCCUGGUCCAGCCAGCAGGACACCAUGUCCUCUACUGGUUGCUCACCUGGCUCAAGAAAGCGAAAAAGUCGGAAGCCUUCCUUGACUCUGGAGCCUAACACAGGCACAGUAGACAGUUCUACAGAUCAGAGCACACUGAGUGAUCGCUUGAUAGCUGAAGAGAGGAAUUCACCCUUUGGUAACAGACUACAGUCAAACAGGACUGACAAUAAAACAUCUGAGGUUGAAAUGGCGCGUGCUUAUCCUGAAACUUUCAUGGCACAAGCAAGGCUAGCAUGGGAGGCACAGCAAGCCCACCAUCAUAUGAAGCAGAGAAGUAGCUGGGACUCUCAGAAAGAUGCUUCUGGUUAUGAAAGUGAUGGUGCAGUGCCCUUGCCAAUGCCAGGUCCGGUUGUACGGGCUUUCAGUGAAGAUGAGGCCCUGGCCCAGCAUGAUUGUAAACAUUGGAAACGAAACACCUUUGAGAAGCUGGGGUUCCCUCAAGUACUUUUGGAGAAGAGCGUUUCAGUUCAGACUAACCUGGCUUCUCCAGAGCCAUACUUACAUCCAUCCCAGUCUGAAGACCUUGGUGCCUGUUCUCAAUUUGAUGGCAGCCGGCAGAACCGGAACAUGAUGCCUAGUGCUAGCUGUGUUUUUCCUACAUUCACUUUGCGGAAGCCCUCUUCAGAGACAGAUAUUGAAAACUGGGCUUCCAAACACUUCAAUAAGCAUACCCAAGGGCUCUUCAGACGCAAGGUCUCGAUUGCAAACAUGCUAGCCUGGAGCAGCGAAUCCAUUAAGAAGCCCAUGAUAAUGACUAACGAUAGAAAUGUCAAAAAAGAGGCCUGUGAGAUCUUUAAGCUGAUUCAAAUGUACAUGGGUGACCGGAAAGCAAAGGCGGACCUUCUUAAUGUGGCCUUGGAGAUUGUCACCAAAGGCUGGAGCAUGCAGGGUCUGCGGGAUGAGUUAUAUAUACAGCUGUGCAGGCAGACAACUGAGAACUUCCGAUAUGACAGCCUGGCACGUGGCUGGGAAUUGAUGGCAAUCUGUUUGGCUUUCUUUCCUCCUACUCCUAAGUUUCAUUCCUAUUUGGAAGGAUAUAUAUACAGGCAUAUGGAUCCAGUGAAUGACACAAAAGGUGUGGCUAUCAGCUCUUUUGCCAAGUAUUGUCACAAUAAGCUACAGAAAGCUGCACUUAUGGGAGCGAAAAAGGGACUGAAGAAACCAAAUAUUGAUGAGAUCAGACAUGCAAAGACUGUGAUUUUCAAUCCAUCCAUGUUUGCAAGCUCAUUGGAGGACAUCAUGAGCAUGCAAAAGGAGAGAUAUCCAGAUCGACAGUUACCAUGGGUGCAGACCAGAUUAUCUGAGGAAGUACUGGCGCUCAAUGGUGACCAAACUGAAGGCAUUUUCAGGGUUCCUGGAGACAUUGAUGAGGUUAAUGCAUUGAAGUUGCAGGUAGACCUAUGGAAAGUCCCCACAGGGCUUGAAGACCCCCAUGUUCCAGCUUCACUUUUGAAACUGUGGUAUCGAGAACUGGAAGAGCCGCUGAUCCCACAUGAAUUUUAUGAACAGUGCAUCACUCACUAUGAAAACCCAGAGGCAGCCAUUGAUGUCAUCCACUCACUGCCGAAGAUCAACAAACUCGUGCUGUGCUACCUCAUCCGGUUCCUGCAGGUGUUUGCUCAGCCUGCCAAUGUCACUGUCACCAAGAUGGAUGUCAACAAUCUGGCCAUGGUAAUGGCCCCAAACUGCCUACGCUGCCAGUCAGAUGACCCACGAAUCAUCUUUGAGAACACACGAAAAGAAAUGUCCUUUAUUCGGGUACUGAUCCAGCACUUGGACACAAGUUUCAUGGAAGGAGUUCUAUAGCAAAGAGGAAACCAACUGAGACACUGAACAUAGAACGAGCAAAUGUGACUUGACUUAAUUCAAAAUCUAUUUAAGAAAGCUCAAAGGGAAAUUGCUGUAGAAAUUAGUUAAGUCUUGUUCCGCAAGAUAAAUGCUCGGUCCUGUGCUGCUCGUCUCUUUCACAGACUUAAGUUUGCUGGUAUUAGGGACCAAGGAAGCAGCUGCCAUCUGGGCAUUUUUUAGUCCAUACAGUGAGGUAUCACCAAGACCAUACAGCCAAGGGCUAACAAACACAUCUGAUGGGCUAGUUCCCAAGGCCAGAAACAGAGACACCCACUGUUAAUGCCCUGCUUGUCAUGACUCAAAAGACCUUUUAAAGUUUGAAAUCUACAAAUGUCUUUUUAAUGGAGUUUGAAUUGAGCAGGGUAAAUUGUAUUAUUUAUUUUUUUACUUAUUUAUUUUAUUUUAUUAUUUUUUGCAAGUGUUGGUCUGACAGGAUGGAUCAUAAAUCAAAUUGUAGUGGAGUGCUUAGCACACUUUUCCACAAAGAACAUCCACAGAGAUAAAAUGUGCAACAGCUUACAACAACACAGCACACAUCAAGAUGCUUUAGUUCUUACUGGGUUUAUUACAGUUGCUACACAAGUGAAUCAAUGCAUAGUGAAAACUUGGGAUCUUCUGCUGUGAAAGUGACUAGCAGUUCUUACAUAAUGGAAGAUACUACACAUAUGAUACAAAACUGGAGCACUGCAGUGCUGAAGGAAAGCAAUCGUGCAAAUGACAUCUGAUUUGUACUGGCUUUUGUUUCCAUUACAUUGCCACUGUCUGUUCGUCUUCUCAUUGGAUAGUUAUUACAAUACUGUAUAACAGAUAGAUGUUUAUAUAAUACUGGUAUUUAGCAACCCAUGUGGAAGUAAUGUGGAAAGCAUUUCAUUUGACAUUACAGAUGAUUUUUGGUUUCAGGUAAAUAGGUGUAUGUGUAUUUACUGUUUCCUUUCAAUAUUCCCAGUAGCAAAGCCCCUCUUUCCUGCUUCCCUCCCACCCCUUGCACAGAUAAGUGGAUAGUCCAUCUUCAUUACCUGUAAUUGAACCUGCAGGAGAGAUCAGUAAUCUUGUUUGCACUUAGCACCAGCAUAACUCUCCGGGUUAAGUGGCAGAGGAGUAUAAAUCUCAGGUUUAGUGAGCAUGUUGUUUCCUAACACACUGAUCAUAAAAGUCCUUUUUAUCAAAAUUAUUGUCACACUAUAAAAUAAACAAGAAAACAUAUCAGGCAGAUUCCUUACAUCAGAGGGCCUCAGGGAUGCUGUGAUGUUUACCAGAAGUAUGCUUAUUUCAGUGCAUGCUGUGAAAUUUAUAACCACGUCUGUGUAGUUUGACCACCAAUGUGCAGUGAAUAAGACAAUCAAGAAUAUGCAGCUGCAAACAUCUAGUAAGUGAUUUUGAGCCAGAAGCCCCAGUCCCUCAAUAGGGUAAAGCGGGGAGUAGAGACCACUGCCCUCUUUUUUAAUAUGUAAAUACUGGAACCAGAACCAAAACCAAAACCAGUGCAAGUACUUCAACAAAUGUUAUACAUACAGCACUGCCUGUAGAACCAAACUUCUUACAGUUCCAUAGCUCAUAAUAUAAGGCACCAUGUAAAUUAUCUCUGUGUUCCAUUGACUAAUUCAGAUUAAACUUAAAGUAACAUGGGUACCUAUCAGAAUUUCAAGAACUGAAACUGAGAAUUCUGAAAUUUCAUAAAUUCUGAAUUUUUUCAGUUUCCUUUGAUGUGCAGUGUGGUUAGAAGCAUGCUUAGCAGUUGGAGAUGAAGGAGCUUGACAGAAGACCGCUCCGAAAGCAAUGGUUUUCAAAUCAAGUAUUUUUAAAACUUCAGAACUCACAACUUAAGUUAUUGAAAUUUGGAGUGGGAGCCACAGCUUUAUAAGGAACGAAGACAUCUUCCACUGGAGAUAACAAAGGUCAUGUGUAGAAUAUACAGAUUUUAUUCUCAUUUUGAAUGACUAGAGUAUCAUAAAUUAGUCGGAGCAUUAGCUAGUCUCUUUAAAGCAAGGUGUGGACUUAAAGAGCAACUGAGUAGAUGGGACUAAUGAAAUGGGGUACAAAUACAUUGCGAUGAAGGCAACUUUGAAUAUAAUUACAUUGUUAUAUAAAUAAGAUUAAAAUACAUCAGUUCACUAAGCAGCUGUUUUACUUCCAGCCAUAACAGACACUUGCAUCAGAUCCCUUGUCCCAACUGCUACAGUUGAGGACACUAUAUAUGUGUCAUUAACCAAAUGCAAGAAGUACUGCUUACAAGAAAAUAUUUCAGCAUUUUCCAACAUGAAGAAAGCAACUUUUUCUACUUCCUAGUUCUAACAAUGUUACUGCAUUACUGCAACAGAAAACAUGUUUUGACUGAAAAUACAGAAAUACAGGUCAGUUUAAUAUACUUCAAUGUAUUUACAAGAGUGCAAAAAUGGCAGACACCACCAAAAUAAUCAGUAAGGGUACUGUACAUGGCAAUAUAUUUCAACUUGUUUCCAACAAUAAUAACUAAGGCUGAACAUUGUGCUUGAAAUCUUCAACUCCAUCCCCAGUAACCAUAGUGGCUCCACCUUGCUAUGGUGUCUUCAGUUGUCCCUGUCUGUAUGGAUUUACUGAAUCUAUAUAAACAGGGACAUCUGACUAUAUGUAUUUAUUGAAUUCAUUAUUAUGAAUUCUGAAUACACUGAUUCCUCAAAGAAAUGAAAUAAGAUUAUAUGAAGCUUUAGAUUGUGAAAUACAUUUAGUAUUCCAGUCAUGGCUUAGAAUAACUGUUUACUAGCAGUAUGAACUCAUAAACAAAAAAGUCUACACUUCACAGCCUUUACUGCAUUUUUAAUAUUACAUUUUUGAUUUAAUGGUUAAGGUGUUUGCCUCACAGGCACAAAGUAAAACGUCUGAUUCUCACCUUUAUCACUAUUUGGUUAUUGGCUAGCCAUGUAAUGGUUUGCAGACAGAUUGCUUAGUAUGUUUAUCUUUGGACUUGUCUAACCUUGUCUGCUGAGUAUUCAUUUGCUAGACAUCAUUAAGUGGAUUUCUUAUUCUUUAUGCUACACCAGAAAGACCUUUAGCAUACAACCACUGCAUAAUUAGUUAACUAAGUCUUUUCAGACAUGUUGUCAUUGAAUGUCCUGUACAUGGUAGAUAACCUUCAAUACUGAAAGUUAUCUAACAAAAAAGAACCAAAAUAGCUCAGACUAAAACAGCACAAGAAUGUUUACCCAACUUUAUUUUACCAUACACAAUCUGGUAACUUGUAAUUUUUCCUUCAAGUGAUCUAAUACAGCAGUAAACCACAACAGUUUAAAUAACAGGCCCAGUUAAUAAUCAAACAACCAUCACACA